AUGAGUUUCCAACGUGGUGGGCGCGAGGGCAAUUCGUUUGCCAAAAACUUACCUUUUGGGCUGAGCUACAGUGAUGUCGGAGUCAAUGAGAAUACAGAGCUUCCCUCGAUCCCGCUUCCCGUUAAUGGCUUAGUCACGAGCAAAGAGCGAAUCACAUCUUUGAAGUACAUGAAUUUCAUUAAGGCGGUCAAAGAAGGUCCCUUUUACACUGGUUCUAUGUCGCUAACUAUUGAUGGCACUGGUAAGCAAAAGCAACUAGUGGAUGAAGACGGUAUCAACGAUGGAAUUGAAAGAUACUCCGAUCGCUAUUUGAAAAAGCGCAAAAUCGGUGUAUCCAUAGACGAGCAUCCUUUUCAUUUGGAGUUUUUCCCAGACGAACUUUACCAGGUUAUGGGUAUAAACAAGAAGAAGCUUCUUGCGUUGUCAAAUCUGAAUCGCCAAGACGACGUAUUCACAGGUUCUGCGAAAGACGACGAUGCAGAGGGCCUGUCAAUGCUCGAGAAGCUGAAAGGGCUCGCGGAGGAUGAAGAUGAAACAGCAAAUGCAGACGGCAAGGACGAUGCGCAUGAGGCUGAGGACCUCGACGACGACUUCGGCGACAGCGACGAGGAUGACGACUAUAAUGCUGAGAAAUACUUUGAUGACGGCGAUGACGAUGCUGAAAAUGAAGAUGACUACGGCGACGAGCCCGCAUUUUAA